UAGUGACAGAGCUGGAGCCGGCAGCAGGAGCGGGCUGUGGUUGUGCCGCUGCAGCUGAGGAUGCGAUGCCCGGGGAGAGAUGAGAGUGCGAGCGGCGGACAGGGAGCCCGGGGCCGCCAGUGCCCUGUCGCUGCUUCCCGUUAGCCUGGUGCACGGGCUGUGUGCUGCCGUCUGUGCUGCCGCUUACUGCACCGGCCUGAGCGGGGAGCUGGUACAUGACGAUGUCUGGGCGAUAGUCAAUAACCCGGACCUGAGACCGUCUGCCCCGUUCACCAACAUCUUCCACAAUGACUUCUGGGGCAAGAGCAUGGGGGAUAACAGCAGUCACAAAUCCUACCGACCCCUCUGCACCCUCACCUUCAAGUUGAACAUCCUGCUGGGUGGUAUGACUCCAUUGUACUUCCACAUGGUCAAUCUAGGCUUGCACUGCACCGUGACCUCAUUGUUGCUCUACACAUGUGACAUGGCCGUGUUCCGAGACCGGCGCCUGGCGUUCUUAGUUGCUGUUCUCUUCGCCGUACACCCCAUUCACACUGAAGCUGUGACAGGCAUUGUGGGGCGAGCAGAUGUAUUAGCUUGUGUCCUCUUCCUACUGGCUUUUCUCUCCUAUCUUAGGAGUGUGAACAGUACCUACAUUGGAAAAUGUUUUCCUCCAACCAGUUCUCCGUUCUUCCUGUUGCUAAGCCUGUUCCUGGGUACCUGUGCAAUGUUGGUUAAAGAGACAGGCAUCACUGUCUUUGGAGUGUGUCUUAUCUACGACCUUCUCGUUCUGUGCUCUAACAGACUUCCAAUAAACCUAUCUGCUGACAGGAUCGGAGGACUGCUAAAGUUGUCUGCACCGUAUCUGAAGAGAGCUGGUUUUGUAACUGUGUUUCUCACGUACACCUACCUGCUGACCUUCAACGCCUGGCUGCUGUUAGCACCAAUAACCCUCUGCUAUGACUGGCAAGUAGGCAGCAUCCCAUUGGUGGAGUCUUUGUGGGACACGAGGAAUGUGGCAACUGUAGUGUUCGGUCUUGCCAUGUUACUGUUGACGUGGAACUGCCUACUAUCUGUACAGAAACUGAAACACAGAGAGGUGUUAGUGGGCUUGCUAUUCCUGGUCUUUCCAUUCAUCCCUGCCAGCAACCUCUUUUUCAGAGUGGGCUUUGUGGUGGCAGAGCGGGUGUUGUACAUGCCCAGUAUGGGAUACUGCAUCCUGGUUGUCCAUGGCUUGAAUCGAUUGUGUGGCGUUCUCAGUAAAUGGGGAGCUACAGUUCUCACGGUAACCAUGUUGCUUGUAGUAGGACUGUUCUUCUGGAAGACCCUGAAACAGAACGAGGUGUGGUUGUCCAGGGAGGCUCUAUUCAGAUCUGGCGUUCAGACUUUGCCCCUUAAUGCCAAGGUGCAUUACAACUAUGCCAACUUCCUGAAAGACUACGGUCGCCACGAUGAAGCUGUUUACCAUUAUAAAACAGCUUUGAGAUUGUAUCCACGCCACGCCAGUGCACUCAACAAUCUUGGCACAUUGACCAAGGAUGUGUCAGAGGCGGAAGUCCACUAUAGAGAGGCCUUAAAACUGAACCCUCAGCAUAACCGUGCGCUGUUCAAUCUGGGGAACCUGUUGAAAUCCCAGAAGAAACUGGCUGAGGCUGAGCAGCUACUGCGCGACUCUGUUCGGUUUGGCCCCCAGUUUGCUGAUGCCUACUCCAGCCUUGCAGCUCUGUUGGCCGAGCAGGAACGAUUUGGAGAAGCUGAUGAUGUGUACAUGCGUGGCAUUGAAAACUGUCCUGAGAACUCAGACCUACACAACAACUAUGGAGUCUUCUUAGUAGACCGAGGAAAUGGGAAUGGAGCUUCAGGUCAUUACCUACACGCCAUUCGGCUCAAUCCCAAACACUAUGUUGCCAUGGUAAAUCUCGGUCGACUGCUGCGUUCGGCAAACAAGAACAAGGAGGCAGAAACAUGGUACAAACGGUAA